GUGAGUGUGUGGGUGGUGCACACGGUCCUGGGCUGUGUGCUGCCUGCAGGCUGGCGAGAGAGUGUGUGUGUGCUCUGUGUCGAGGUGUGUCACACGUGUGCACCUGUGUGGGUGUGUUUGUGCAUGCACGCGAGCUGGGCCCCUGGUCAGGGUGGCUGCUGGGCUGCACAGCAAGCUUUGGGGGACUCUGUGCCACUGUCCCCUGACCUGGCCACCUUUCAGGAUGCAAUCCUAGAAUCGAGCUUCCUCUCCGCAUCCAUCCUGCUCACAAGGGUGCUCAGGAAGGAGUACGGCGCCCAAAACUACAAGUUCACUCAGACGCCAGAGCUCAUCCAGUGUCUCCUGUGCAUCCUCCAGAAGGAGCCUGACUUCCUGGCCACCCUCUGCCGGCAGAAGAUCAUACUCAUCAUUGUGGGUCUGAGCAACCUGCGGCCCAGCCUCAAGCCCCUGGUCAAGUCCAGGAUUCUGCAGACCUGCCUGCAAAGUGUGUACCUGCUGCCCCCAAUAGAGGAGCUGAAGAGCAAGUCCCCUCUGCCGGAGCCAGCCCUGGAUGUCAUGGCGCUGUACGGGAAGACGGUGAGAGCCCUGGACCUGCUCCUCCAGAACUUCUUCCUCGAGAACCCGAGCAUGCACGAGCUCUCCUUCCUCCUGCAGCACACGGAGCGCUGGCUGAAGUCCGACAGGAGCCACGAGCGCCAGCGGGUGGUGCUGUCCAUCUUCCUGCUCCUUCAGUACGUGGUGGACUCCCUCAAGUUCACCGAGGAGGCCACGCCCUCCGUGCUGGGUCACCACAUUGGCCUGCUGACUCUGCUCUGUCGGGACAAGGACAAAGUCACCAGGAGCCACUCUCAGCAGUGUGUCUCGCUCCUCCUCCGUCUGGUGGUGGAGCAGAAGGGGAGGGCGCUGGAAUUCAUGCCCUGGAACAAGGCAAAGCACUUUGAGGUCAAGGUCUCCAAGGAGUGGGAGAUGAAGCUUGGCCACAUGGUGAAGGCCUUUCGCAAGGACCUGAUGGUGGCCCAGCACACGCAGCUGGUCCUCACGCUGCUGCACGGCCUCCACAGUCACAGCCACCUGCGCUGCGACCUGGCCUCCAGGCUCCUCCUCAUGAUCUUCCAGGACGCUGGCAUCAAACCUGAGCAGGUGGCCGAGAUCCUGCACAGCCUGCUCCAGGAGCUGCCAGGCAUCCGCUUCGAGAACGUCUACAAGACCAUGAUGAAGGCCAUCGAAGCUCUGGGAAACCAGCACACCCAGGAGGUGGUGGAGGUGACCCUGUCCCUGAGCCACCCCUUCGAGAGGAAGAUCCUGUUCCUGUGGAGGACCCUGGCUACCAACCAGCAGCUGGCCCGCAAGGUCAUGACGAUCCUCUACAUGAAGCUGAAGCUACGGCCCUCCAGAGAGUUCAUCCAACCCACCCGCCAGGCCCAGCUCGUCUGCCUGAAGGCCCUCAACACCAUCUACGAGCUGCUGUACACCCAGGAGUACAGGGGCACGGUCCGCUGGGCCUUCGCAGGGGUGCUCAUGGGCCUGCUCACGCAGCUGCACUACCUGCUGGAGCUGGGCAUGGUGGAGGGCCUGUCAGACUACCAGGAGGACAUCCUGGACGACAAGCCCCUCGGGCCCUGCAGGACCUGCCUGGAAGCACUGAAGGGCCUCUUCUGGACCACGAACUACUGGGAGGUGUUUGCCCACGUCAAGCUGCUCCACGGCUGGGAGUGCCUGCAGUGCCUGGAGACCUACCCCCAGGGAGUGACCCUCUUGGCCAGAGCUAUGUCCCACUAUGACUGCGAGGUCAAGGCCAUCCUGGGGCAAGCCAUCAUCUUUCUGAAGAACAGUGAGGAGCGAGACAACCUUGUGGCUAUCCUCAUCAUCUCAGAGUUUCUCAACAGCCCGGAUGUCUUCCAGCAUGUGAAUCAGAGGUCCAUGGUCAACUUCAUGAACCUGAACCUGAAAAACCCCAACCCGCUGGUGCGGGCCAUGAGCCUGCAGGCCCUCAGCAGCACCCUCAUGCACCCCAAGAAGAUGGCCCUGCUCCAGAGCCGGCUACUGGAGCUGCUGGACAGCUUCCUGCAGCCCGAGCCCAACGAUCCCCUGGGGCUGAUGCAGAUUCUGGGUGACAUCCUGCACCGCCUGGGCGACCAGGGCGUCGGCGCCGUCAUCCUCAAGAUCGCCCAGCACCUGCGGCUCUUCUUCGAGGACGUAAGUGCCGAGGUGCGAGGGUGCGCCAUCUUCCUGUUCGGGGAUGUCAUCCACAGUGGGGGCAAGAAGUUCCGGCAGGCGCUCAAGACCUUUGCCUUCCAGGCCCUGGUGCCCCUGCUCUUCCACCUGGCAGACUCCUGCCCUGAAGUGGUCAUGAAGACCAAGCUCACCUUCCUGCGCUGCGCCAUCUUGCUAAAGUGGGAAUUCCGGAAGGAGCUGUUCAGCAAGUUGGCAUGGGGCCGAGGACUGGGUGCCGAGAACGAUGUUUUUAUCUACAUGAUAGAGAGCAACUUUGGCAACUACCACCAGUUUCUCAUGCAGGCCCUGACCUACCUGCACAGCCCCCACAGGAACCUGAAACUGGCCGCCAUGAGGUUCAUCGGGGGAAUGCUUCAGGACUACUUCGCUGACCUCUGCUUCUACCUGAAGAAGGGUGACAUAAAAACCCUCAAGAAAAGCUUGAAGACCCUCAGGGAGGACCCGGACUCCAUGUGCCGCAGGUUCUACCUGAACUUCAUGGGAGACGUCAUGGAACUGUCCCACUAUGUGACCUGACCACAGGCCUCAGCCGCCACCAGGCUCGCCCCGUCCUGGUCCUUGUUGAGUUCUCUCUCUAUUAAAUGCUGACAGCAGG